AUGGAUUUUGAGGUGCACCCCUCGGUUCAUGAGGCUCGAGAUCGUAUCUGCCAGAUGAUUGAACUGACGGACAUACUUGACGGUUUCACAGAUGUCGAAAUGAUGGACACCUCCCAAGGCUUUCGCUGUGAGGGUUGUAGAACAGUAUCGGUAGUCAGCAAGAAAAUUGACCUCUGGAGUUUGCCACCAAUUCUGAUAUUUCAUCUAAAGCGCUUUCAGUACUUGGGCGGAAGAUGGCAGAAGUCAAAGAAACCGGUGAACUACCCUUUGUUUGGGCUAGAUCUUUCUAGAUUCCUCAACAAUCCCACAAACCCAUGUUGCUCGAUCUCGUCAUCCCUCAGUGAGUUUGUGCUGGUUAUUAAUAUUUCACUUAUAGCCCAUUAUCCCUAUCAACGCACGUUCGGGCUUACGCAAUCCCAGUCAUUCUUUUUCCUAGUAUGA